AGCUAUAAAAGCUACCCCCUCUCUCACUCUCUCAAUUAUCUCCAAAAUGGCUAUCUCCUCCAAAGCUCUCAUUGCUUCCCUCCUCCUCUCUCUGCUCUUCCUCCACUCUGUGGAAUCCAUUGGAGCUGCUAUGGUCUCCCCAAGCCCUCAGAAAAUGGACUGCGGCGGCGCGUGUGCUGCAAGGUGCCGGCUGUCGUCGAGGCCGAGACUGUGCCAUAGGGCGUGCGGGACGUGCUGUCAGCGGUGCAACUGCGUUCCGCCGGGGACUUCCGGCAACCACCAUCUGUGCCCUUGCUACGCCAGCUUGACCACCCACGGCGGCCGCCUCAAGUGUCCCUGAGUUCGCCGUCUCUCAACUCGUUUAUGUGUAAAUCGUUCACGCUUUUGUGUUUUAAGGAUAUAUGAAUAUCAUAAACUGUCUCUUUUGUUGUAAUAAAGGUGACGUGUCUUGUCUCUGUGUAGUUCUCUGUUCUUA